AUGUAUGCCAGAACGAACAAAAAAGGCCAAGGAGAACCUGCAGAUCAAAGAGUUAAACAGUCAUCAAAUUUAAUAGGGAAAGAUCGGCCACCAGUGAAAGCCCAGUCUCUAAUACAAAAAUCCAAAAACGCCUCCAAUGUGCAGCCUCUGGAAAGGAAAUCCAUGUCAGCAGAAAAGGAGGUUGAUAGAUAUCUGAUGAGGUAUCACUGGUUUCACGGUAUGAUGCCUAGAGAAGAUUGUGAAGAAAUGGUGAUGCAAGAGGGAGAUUACCUUGUACGAAGAACUACACUUGCUCAAAUGCCAACUUACUGCAUAACCGUUCGUCAUAACAAUGAAGUUAAACACAUUCCAAUAUCGUAUGCAAAAGGAAUUUGGUGUAUUAAUAAGGUACAUCGCUGCACAUUCGUUGGGAUAUUUCCGGCUAAAUGGAAAUUUCAGGAAUGUAAAGUGACACUUGCCGAGUUGCUUGAUGUAUAUGUAAAGGAGCAGAGGCCGAUAGCUCCAUCCAAUUCGGUACUUGUGCGUGAAAUACAUCGACCGGACUACUUCGUUCUGCACAAAGAUAUAACACUUGGACAGAAAUUAGGACACGGUGCCUUCGGUGAAGUUUAUUGUGGGAAGCUUAAAUUGAAAAGUGGAGAAGAAGUCGAUGUCGCCAUCAAAAGAGCCAAAGAAGGCAAACUUAAGAAAAAUCAGUUAACGUCAUUUGUUAGGGAAGCACGAAUCAUGCGUGGGUUGAAUCAUCCAAAUAUCGUUCGAAUGUAUGGCGUGGCGGCACAAGAAGAGCCUGUUAUGAUACUUCUUGAAUUGGCGAUUGGAGGCAGUUUGAAGGCAUUCUACAAAAAGCAUGAAGAAGUUUCGACAGAUCAGAAAAUGAUGUUCGCCAAAGAUGCGUGUAGAGGGAUGUGCUAUCUUUUCUUAGAAAAGAUUAUACAUAGGGACCUUGCUGCUAGAAACUGUCUACUUGGUUCGAAAAACGAGGUGAAAAUUUCCGAUUUUGGUCUCUCGGUAGCGGACAGGAGAGAGCUACGGUUGAACAAACUUCACAAAGUCCCGAUCAAAUGGCUAGCACCCGAGACCAUAAAUGAGGGUAUUUUCACUACGAAAACAGACGUGUGGAGUUAUGGCGUGUUAUUGUGGGAGAUAUUCGACAACUGCAAGAGGGAUCCGUUUCCUGGAGUGACAAACGCAGAAGCUGUAGCAGUGAUUACUGGGAAGACACCUCCGAUGGAACCACCAUCGGGAGCCCCUCCAAUCGUAAAGCAAGUGAUGGAUUUGUGUUUCGUAAAGGUGAGGACCUUAUUCGAAGGACUACCCCAAUAA